UUUGGGGCUCAUCACUUGAGAUUAAUAAGUCCCCUCUAUCAAAAUGUAUUUUUCCCGCCAAAGCCCACAAAAAUUUGUGUGUUCUCUCCAUCUUCCGUCGUUGGCUGCGCGCUUUAGCGAAACAACACUUAUAAACAGAUGGGACUUUUGACUUGGGCACUUCACUAGGGCCCUGCUCGCAGUCUCAUACAUCAUUCAGUCUUCAGCGUUUGUUGAAUUUAAAAACCCUGAUUUGGUUUUGAUAAUAGGAUAGAUGGAGGAAGAGAAAGACGUAUUUUACGUUGUACGGAAAGGAGAUGUUGUUGGCAUUUAUAAAAGCUUAAGAGAUUGCCAAGCUCAAGUUGGAUCUUCUGUGUGUAAUCCUUCUGUGAGUGUGUUCAAGGGAUAUGGUUUGGCUAAGGAUGCUGAGGACUACCUCGUCUCACAUGGGAUUAAAGAUGCUGCGUUUUCUAUUCAUGCUACUGAUGUUCAACCUGAUCUUUUUGGCAAACUUGUUCCUUGCCCUUUUCAGCAACCAGCUUUUUCUGAAGGAAAAGCAUUAAACAAGGAUUCUUCACCUAAGAGUUCACGAGGAGUGCUUGGAUCAAUGGGAGUGAUGGGAUCAACUUCAAUUUCGAUAAAUCCUCAAAAGCAGCAUCCAAAAUGGGAUAAUCGUGUUGAAACUAAAGUGAUGUCUUCUAGUUGUUCCUCCUGCAUUCUUGAGUUUGAUGGUGCUUCAAAAGGAAAUCCUGGUCCAGCUGGUGCUGGAGCUGUGCUGCGAGCUGAAGAUGGAAGCAUGGUCUGUCUCCUUCGUGAGGGCUUAGGAACUGCAACAAAUAAUGUUGCUGAAUAUCGAGCUGUAAUUUUAGGACUGAAGCAUGCACUAAGGAAAGGGUUCAAACAUAUUCGUGUCCGAGGAGACUCAAAUCUUGUUGUCAUGCAGAUUAAGGGUCUAUGGAAAAUCAAAAGCCAGAAUGUGGCCGACUUGUGUAAAGAGGCCAAGGAGCUCAAGAAUAAGUUUUUGUCAUUCCAGAUUGAACAUGUUCUUAGGGAAUUCAACUCUGAAGCUGACACUCAAGCAAAUCUAGCUGUUAAUCUCAAAGAUGGCCAAAUUGAAGAAGAUUGCAGUAGAACGUAACUCGAAUCCUAGGAGGUAGCAGUAACAUAUAUUAUUAUGCUGUCACUACUUCAGAGUUUUGAACAUGGUGAUUUAGAAAAGAAUCUUUUGAUUCCUCCCUGCUGAAGUUAAUGAAGUGCGAGCAUGAAAGCAACAGAUAUUUUAUCCUAAAUCACCCUAUCAAACACAAUGUUGAAUGUCACUCGUUCUAUUUGUACAUGUUUUGUUUAGCUGUAUGUAUCUACUAGAUUUUGUUAAACUGCUACGUUUAAAUCUAAAACUCUUUAUUUGGAGUGGUUUUAGGCUGUAAAAAGCUUUACAUCAGGUUCUUUUAAUUAUGUUUUUUGAGCAACUUUAAAUUUUUA